AUGGAUCCGUCCUCUACUUCUGCUAGAGAAAACAAAGCAACGCCAUGUGCAUUCCAUUUCAGCCGCACCAGGUGUCGAUUCAGAGGGGCAUGCUACAUUUCGCAUCAUCUUCCCGGCGGCCUUGCGGCUGCCGCUGAAAUACUCGGCUACGACCCUUCCAUUUCGACGCCUCCUCGGAAAUUCAAGACUAAGCUAUGCCACAAAUACGACACACCUGAUGAGUGCCAAUUCGGGGACUCGUGCCAUUUUGCGCACGGCGAACACGAGCUAUGGACGCCAAGACUACGCUCAAAUUACAACACAACCAAUGCCAAUGCCAAUGUCACGACGGAAGCAUCCACGUCGCAAGACCCGGCCUCAAUCACUGCUAAAGUCCCCAUCGACGCUUUCCGGGCUAGGCAAGUCGGCGGAUACAUCCUUACCUUCUCCGAUAAAAUUUACCAUAACCACGGGAUCAAGCUCGAUAUCAUAGAUCACGAAACAGAUCCCAACCAACAAUACAUUCAGAUAACGGGUUCGGUUGAUACUGUUAAUAUGUUUAUCCCUUUUUUCCGCGACGCUACAGCAGCGGACAUUGCAGACAUGAUAGGCACCAGAUCUUCCCGGCUCCGCGUCGGGGCCAGCAACUAA